AUGGAACAUGCCCCUGUGUCGGCGCGUGAAGCAUCCAUUUUGGUCCAAGCGGUGGUAACAGCAUCAGGCGGACAGUGUGUUCCAGUAAUUCGCACUCCUUCGCAUGGAGUCGAGUGGAUUAAAUGGGCUUUGGACUCUGGAGCCGCUGGCAUCAUUAUUCCUAUGGUGACCACUGCCCAAGAAUGCGAAAAUAUCAUUCAGCGGGCCAUCUACCCACCGCGGGGCCAGCGCAGCUUCGGUCCUUUUCUUGCGCCAUAUGCCGACGUCGACCCCGCCGCCGAUGUCGCGAAAUACAUGAAAGAAAGGGUAAAAGAGGUAGCGGUCAUUCCCAUGAUCGAGUCCGUGGAGGGUGUGCAGAACGCCGAAGCGAUAUUGAGUGUUCCGGGAGUCACAGCCUGCUUUGUUGGGCCUUACGACCUGCGGCAAUCUAUGGGGCUAUCAGGCGGUGACGGUGAGGAACCCGUCUACAUCGAUGCAUUGGAAAGGAUUCUCGAGGCGGGGAAGCGGAACAAUGUAGUCGUCGGAACAGUAGGUGCGACUGAAGCAUCUGCAAGGCGGAAGGUGGAGAUGGGCUUCAAGUUUCUGCUCACGGGUCAGGAGCCCAAUUUCCUGGCUGCUGGUGCUCGGUCGACUUUACAGCAGUGUCAGCGGGGGAUGAAUGCUGCGAGGUCCAGCAAUCUGUAG